CACAAGGCUUCCUGUAAGCCCCAGACACAGGCUGUGGUUACAAGUGGAAAAUGUCACUGGGCACUCAAAGAAGAGAGAGGGGCGAGAGUGAGGAGACAGAGGGAUGAGCGAGAGAGAGAGAGAGAGAGAGAGAGAGAGAGAGAGAGAGAGAGCAAGAAAGAGAGAGAGAGUUGCACAAGUGAGUGAGAUAGUGAUGUGCGAGUAGAAAAGACAGAGGGACAGAAAGAGACAGAGAAGAGAGAAAAAGAGAAAGGACAUCUUUUAAACUCGUCCGUCCAGCAGAGGAGAGGACAAUGUGUUUCCUCUCAGAGACCCCCUGCUACCCUAACUGACCUGAGGCUCAUGAGUCAUAUUGUGGUCAAGGCUAUGGAGAUCCUGGUGUCCUCAUACGUCCUGCUGGUUCUGGUUUCAGCGCACGGAGCCCAAGGCUCGCAAGGACUCUCCUGCGUAAAUGACUUUGUCAACAAUGUCAGCUGUACAUGGGACAGCUCUCCAGUGGCUCCUGGUGUGGACUGCUGGAUCUUUGGUGUGAAGACAACCUGGAUCUCUAAGAACUACAGGACACGGGAGACUGUUUUACUUAGUCGAAGCUGCAAGCUAAAACAACACAGAAACUCUCCUCCAGGCUGCAGUUUUGUCUUUGAAAAUGAAGAAUUCAACAUUUUUGCAGAGAUGCCCUACAUCAGCGUGGAGUGUAACGGGACGUUGGUGGAGAACAUCACAAACUAUUCACCAUACCAUCACAUCAAAAUGCAUCCUCCAGGAGUUCCCAAUGUCAGCUGCACUGCCAAUGAGACCAGGAUAUCAUGGAGUCAAGGCAGUCGUCCCUCUGACUUCUUCACAUCCUUUGACUUCGCAGUUCAGAUCAAAGAGAGCAAACAGACAUGGAACGAGGCCAGGACUUUGUCCACACAAGAACAAGAGCUUAGGAUAUCUGCUUGGAAACUAAAGGGGCACCACGAGGUCAGGGUGAGAGUCAAACCCACUGAACCAGCCAAUUGCCACUGGAGCAACUGGAGUCCAACAACAUCCUGGGUGACAACAUCACAGGAUCAUGAGUGGCUUCUGUGUCGGACAUCAUUGAUAAUAUGGGGAGUGAUGUUGAGCUUGGGUCUCAUCAUUGUAAUGCUGGUCGUUUGCGCGAGCAGGGGGCUCCUCAAACGGAAGCCAGUACCAAACCCUUCGAAAUACUUCUACACUCUCCAAUCUGUCCACGGAGGAAAUCUAAAGAAAUGGCUGAAUCCUCUGUCAGCUUCUGAGUCGUUCUUCGUGGCCCAGCCAUGCGACCGCAUCUCCCCGGUUGAGUUGUGCGAAAGCUGGGAUGUGGUCCCCUCCACCUCUCCCUCCUCCAGCUCCACCAGCGCCCUGCUUCACUUCAGGAGCUACCCCUCGGCUAGCUCAGACACCAGCGGGGUUGUUGACCAUUCCUCCUCCUCCUCUUCAUCCUGCUUUUCUAACAUGGGCUACUUCAUGUCCGCCUCCUCCGGCAGCUCAGCUCGAUCUGACCCCAAUCCUGCCUACUUCACCUAUCAUGAUGAGUUCUACAAUCUGCACAAAAGCCCCAACCUUCACGUCUCCCACUGCCCUUCGUUCGACACCUCUCCGACCUAUGAGAGCUUGAAGAGGGAGCCGCAGAGCCCAGACUCUGGCUUUGGCAUCGGAAAGGAAGAUGAAGAAGCCAAGGAAGAUAAAAUAGUUGUGGAUGUGGAAGGGGAAGAGGUUUCGAAUGAUCACCAUAGCCCUCCUCUUAUCAUUCUCCCUCUCCAUCUUCCGUCCCGGAUGUGCCCCCCCUCCUCUGCUCCACCCCCUCCUAACACUCCCAGUUUAACUCUGAUACCCUCUGAUAGCCAACAGGAAGAUGUACCUGUGGUGGCUAGUAGCAGCAGCUAUGCGGCCUGGCCUAUGGCUGAUGCCAUGUGCAGGUCUUCCUCCAUGCCUGUGGAGCCCUGUAAAACAGGGUAUCUGACCCUCAAAGAGCUCCAGACAACAUUCAGCAAUAAAUCCAUCUAAAAACGUGUAACGUACCUGGAAGAAUCCCUGUGCGAUCAUUUUAAAAUUGAAUGUGUUUGCAUCACUAGCGACCUGAUUGUUUAUUCUAAUCUGAUUGCGAAAGUGAGUAUCUCUGACAGAAGAGUGUUGUGCAGUUUUGACAAAGAAUAAGAAAUGCGUUCAUGCUUCAAACCUGCAGUGAUUCGUCAGUUGGUCAUAUGGGGGCAGCACAACAAGACUAUAUAUUACAACAACAAGGCUAUAUUAGCAUUCCUUUUAAGUCAUGUUUCUGGCCACUUGAUUAAAGUAAAUCCAAUAUUAAUUCUCUUUUUUGUUGCAUUUUUGCUAAAAAACAAAAACAAAGUUAAUAAGAGCGGUGAGAGUGAACCAAAACUGUAAAGUUGUGGAGCUGGAAAUCCAAAACAUAGCUUAGGGGAACUGCAGGGUCGGGUGAUAAUUCUGUGCUGGUACAUCUCAAUAAACGACCCCUUUCACAUUACACAUAGUCUUUUGAUCAAUUGUUAAUUUAGAAAAAAAUAUUGGAGCAGCUUUUAAAUGGACUUAUACAAAUUUACAUAAUUCUGUCAUUGUUGCUAUAUUCACUCCAAAUCAACAUUUGAUUGACUUUGCUUACUAAGAACAAUAGUUGUACAGGAAUUUGUCUACGUGAGAUUGGUGUAAAUGAAGACAGAGUUCCAAGGGACAGUCUGCCACAGCAGGUUCAAGAACAACCUGACUUUAAAAGAACUACCUGACUUUGAAUCCAAUGUGAAGGGAUACAGCCAGCUAUAUGAGGGCGAGUAAAAAUCAACCAGUUGGGCGCCUGGGUAGCUCACCUGGUAGAGCGCGCGCCCAUAUACAGUACAGAGGCUCAGCGGCCGCAGGUUCAAUAUCGACCUGCGGCCCUUUGCUGCAUGUCAUUCGCCCUAUCUCUACACUUUCAUGUCUAAACUGUCCUGUCACAAAUAAAGGCAUAAAAUGUCCAAAAGAAAUAAUCUUAAAAAAAAUAUAUCAACCAGUUGUGUAUACUGUAGUAGAAUGGUGUACGGUACCUCAUUGUUGAAUGUGUAUACUGUACUUUGAACUUUUUUCAAUUGGCUUUAUUUGCAUAAGUGUUUAAAUGCAUAUUAAACAUUGCACAAAGCAGAGCGUGAAAGUAGACAUUACUUUAAACUAAAUGCUACUCAUCAUUUAUUAAUGACUGACACAGUUUUGUAGUUUGCUUUUUAUUACUUUAACUUAAAUCUUACAAAGACAGUAAGACAUUAUGUUGUAAGAGCUCUUUAAAUCUACUAAUAUCAUCGCAAAAUAAAAAAAUUCUUCAUUCCUGCAGGCAGAUCUGGGAUUUUUUAAAGCAGUGAAACGUGAUUUAAAUGUGUUUUGAUUAUGUAAAUAGUGAUAAAUUACUUUUAAUAAAGAACAUAUGAGCAUCACUUUAGAGUCAUGCACCGUGAAAAAAGACAUUGUAGAAUAUGACAUCUGUAAUGGCUUGCAUGACUCAAGCAUUAAAUGAAUAGAUUUUAGUCUGUACUGAUCUACUGUCAAAAUGAAAGGCAGCUGGUUUGUCAUUUGUUUGUAAAUCUUUAUAAAUUAUUUCAUGCUGUUUAAGAGAUCAAAUCAACACCUGAUAAAUCAUCAUUAAUCAUGUUCCACCUGGUAAAGUUUACUAUCUACAAUAAAAAAAGAUUGUGUGUACAAGCA